AUGGGGAGACAAAAGGACAUAUUGGGCAAACUGGAAAGGACCUUUCGGAUGCGACACACGCUCCUCCGCCAGGCCCUGGCGGAAUGUUUGGGAACUCUUAUCCUGGUGAUGUUCAGCUGUGCUGCGGUGGCUCAGUGGAUGCUGAGCGGCGGCUCACACGGGACGUUCCUCUCCGUCAACUUCGCUGUCGGAGGCGGCGCGGCACUGGGCGUCCUCGUCAGCGGACCUGUCUCAGGUGGCCACCUCAACCCCGCAGUGACAUUCGCUCUAUGUUUGCUCGGCAGAGAGCCUUGGAGGAAGUUCCCCUUGUUCUUUUUCUUCCAGACAUUGGGAGCUUUCCUAGCGGCCUUGGUCGUAUUCUGCAUAUAUUUUGAUGCAAUUUGGGACUUUGGCCAUGGAGAGUUGCUUCUUUUAGGGAACAAUGCCACCGCUGGCAUUUUCGCCACAUAUCCAUCCGAACAUCUCUCCACGCUCAAUGGAUUCACGGACCAGGUCAUCGGGACAGCAUCACUUGUCACAUGCGUCCUCGCCAUCAUUGACCCGCUCAACAAUUCUGUCCCUCGAGGGUUUGAGGCGUUCCCCGUGGGCUUCGUGGUGACAGUCAUCGGCCUGUCCAUGGGAUUCAACUCGGGCUACGCCAUCAACCCGGCUCGGGACUUGGGACCUCGCAUCUUUACAGCUCUCGCGGGCUGGGGGUUCGAGGUUUUCACAGUGAACAACUACUGGUCCCUCAUUCCCAUCGGCGGUCCUUUUGUUGGCGCCAUGGUGGCAGUGAUCGUCUACCAGCUCAUGAUUGGAUACCACCUCAGUGGAGACGCAUCACACAAGAGGAAGAAGAAGCAGGAAGAUAAGGAGGAAAGACUCACACUUCCCAACAUUAGGGCCAAUGAAGAAGCAGCUUGA